GGUUGAUGGCUGAUGGUGGUUCACAGUUAAUCAGUGUAGGACUAGCAGCAGCAGCAUCACAGAAUGUUGCUGAUACCGAGGCGCUUAAAAACCAUCUCUCAAGCACACAAGACGAGCAAACAACAUUGAAACAUAUCGGUGCAACAAACACCUAUCGAAUCGGCCUCAUGCAAUGGAAGCCUUGUCAGUUCGCAAAAGGUGCUCGCAAUCGAAAGGCAGCUCCAGCCAGUUUGAGACGUGCGUAGACCCGAGCUAUAUCAGUUUGUCGACGAUAACGUUUUACAACCGACCACAAAAUUGAAGGCGGGAGUGAAGUUGAAGUUGAAAUUCUGUGUUGUGUUUUUUAAAUUUUUUGUAUUUGUUGUCUCAAAAAAUAGGGUGUCAUAUUUAGUACUAUAUUUAAGUUGGGGGUUGGUUGUUUGUUUGUUUGAUUUGUUUAGUAAUUCAGUCCCAAGGGUUGUCGACUUCGACAUAUAAAGUGCUUCUAAAAAGUUUGAGUAAUUUUAGCCCCUGAUUUAUUAAACAAAACACAUAACGAAUGGGGGAGAGACAUCAUCAUCAGCACACAGACGCGAAACACAAUUCCAAGAAAUCCACUCAAGUUAUAGUACGACGACACGUAGUGUAGUAGUAUAUCCUGUGAGUUGAAAAAGAAACAAAAACGAGAAAAUAAAAAUAAAAGAAAAACGAAAAACGAAACGGUUUGUUGUGAGUGCAUCAGGUGUCCUGGGUUAUAAACAAAAAUAUCCUUGUGCGCUAUAAUGUAAUCCGCCGGAAGUGAAACCUUAAACGAGUGCGGUCCGCGCGCAAUCCAAACAAUGGAAAUGGAUGUGAACUUAUCGACGAAAAAAAUUGGCGCUAUCGAGGGCGUGCUUGGCGGUGGUCUUGGUCUAAGCCCUAACUCGCCAGUUGCCAAAUCGGGCUGCUGUAUGCUUCGAAUGAAUUUAAGGACGAAACAGCAUCGAACGCCACAGGAAGUGUAUUUCGAGAGUCGGGGCAAGUCCUGCAAGAAGCUGUUAAAAUUUAAUGGCAACUCGAACAAGAUCCUACUCUAUCCGGAAGAAGGUUGGGCACGUACAGCUGCCUCCAGCUAUUGGACAAUAACGCCAUGUUGGUGGCAACCAAAUCGGUGUCGCAUCGAAGAAUUCAUGGGUUCCCAACGGCAAGUGACCAAAGCCAAAAUGCUCCCCAUGGACAAAGGUUCACUGUUGAUCCUGGGCCAUUUCAAUCGCAAGCAAAGCACCGAAACCGAAUUCAAGCUAUACCUCAGUUCGAAUAUCUCCAUGGAGGACUAUAACAUGGGCUAUUGUCUGACUGGUUUUGUGGAGAGACGUUGUCCACAAACAAACGCCUUCCAGAUGACACAUUUUGCCGUGAUAAAAAGGGCAUGGCCGUCCAUAGCUAAUGAUUGUAAAACAACAUGAAUGCGCCACUUCUUCUAUAUUUUUGAAUAUGUAAUAAUGUAAGUAGUGGAUUGAAAAAAACAAAAAUAUUCUAAUUACUGUAAUUUGAUAUUAUAUAUAUAUUGAAAGAAAACAAAAAUCUUUAAACAAAACAAAAGAGUUUUAGAUGUUUUAGUACGUGUUUAGCGGGUUAAGGAGUAGUUUUUUUGAUUGUAUUGUACAACAACGCUAAGCGAGCGCCAUUUUGUGUUUUGUAAAAAUAGAAUUAAAUAAAAUGCUUAUGCUAUUCAAAAGCACAGGCUUUUAAAAAAUGUAAUUGUAACUUUUAUUUAGUUUAGUUUCUAAAUUUUAAGUAACUGUUUUCGUGUAUAAUUCUUCCUCUUUAUACGAAUAUAUAAAACUGAAAUAUAUAAAGAAAUAGAAGAAGAAGUGAAACGAUAUAACGUAUAUGAAUAUCAAAAUUUCGUCCAAAAUUGGAGUUGAAGCAACCGGUCUUAAUGCACAUUUAACAAAAUACAAAAUAUAAACAAAAAUUAUAUAAAUAUGUAUAAAAGAAAAUAAACAAUAAAAUACUAAAACUAUCAUCGCACAAUCAUUUAAUUUUUAAAACCUUAAUUUUGUAAAAACGAUUUCUUUAAAAACUAAAAAUGAUCUGAUUAUUUCUUCCGAAUACUUGUUUAAAGUCAAAAAAACUUUUACUUUUAAUUCCCAACUUUACUGAUUGUUGGACCAAGUAUUAACUGACUGUAAAAUGGUCAUGAUUUCAAAAGCGGAACAUGA